CUUAUGCGAGUGAAACGAAGUCUCUGGAGAAUUUGUUUUCGUAGAGACCAAGCUGCUAUAUAAAUACUGUUAAAGAGACGAGAUUUUAAUUACUUUUAAGAGAUUUUGAGAAGUUUCAAAGAUCGAUCAGAAGAAAAGAAUCAUUACGAAGCAAUGGAGAAUUUUGGUGAAGGGAGAAGAAGUGGAGGCGGAGGGAUGUUGCCGUUGCUGGCUCUAAGCGCCGUCGCGGAGUACUAUAGAUUGCCGUGGAAACCGCCGGUGACGGCGAGUCUUCUGGCCGCGAAUACUCUCCUCUAUCUCAGGCCGGCGUUUAUCGAUCCCGUUAUUCCUCACAUCAGUGAGGUCUGGUUCAAUCCUCACCUCAUCUUCAAGCACAAAGACUUGAAACGUUUGUUUUUAUCAGCGUUCUACCAUGUAAACGAGCCUCACUUAGUCUACAACAUGAUGUCCCUUCUCUGGAAAGGUAUCAAGCUCGAGACAUCUAUGGGAAGCAGUGAGUUUGCUUCAAUGGUCUUUACUCUUAUUGGUAUGUCUCAAGGAGUCACAUUGCUGUUAGCCAAAUCGCUUCUUGUCUUGUUCGACUAUGACAGAGCUUAUUAUAACGAGUACGCCGUUGGGUUCUCGGGUGUUCUCUUUGCUUUGAAAGUUGUUCUUAAUUCUCAGGCUGAGGAUUACUCAAGCGUGUAUGGUAUCCUGGUUCCAACAAAGUAUGCUGCUUGGGCAGAACUGAUCUUAGUGCAGAUGUUUGUACCGAAUGCUUCGUUUCUUGGGCAUUUGGGUGGAAUCCUUGCUGGUAUUAUCUAUAUGAAGCUGAAAGGUUCUUACUCAGGCUCAGAUCCAGUCACCAUGGCGGUUAGAGGUGUAACUCGAUUGGUGACGUGGCCCUUGAGGUUUCUGAACGGUAUGGUUAGGUCUCGGAGAAGGAGGAUUACAGGGAGAGGAAGAGUGGGAAGAGGCCAGACUGGGAUAGCAGGACCUGGUAUCUGGAGAUGCCAGUCGUGUACAUAUGACAAUUCUGGUUGGUUAAGUGCUUGCGAGAUGUGUGGCUCGGGACGGGCUAGAGGAGACGGAUGGUCACUGAAUCAGGGACCAGCACUUUCUUCUUCUAAUGAUCUCCCUUUAGAUGAGCUGCGCCGUCGAAGAGUAGAAAGGUUUAGUUGAUCUCUGGAGCUCAUUCUUAGAGCUGAGGAAGGAUUGUGAAUGAAGCUUUGUUGAAUCAUUCAUUGCAUUAGCGUAUGACUAGCAGAGUUAGUGGUAGUGUUUUUCAAUCUGUCUUCUCUUUUGGUUGUUGAAGAUUUGGUUCUACGUGAAUUGGUCCUUUGAUUAGAGCAUCUUGUUCUUUGCUGGAAGUAGCGAGUGAUUCAGAUAAUAUAGUAUCUUGACACCAAACUUACAGUUUCACAGACUUUCAAUUUUAACAGAAAAUUUAUUUUAUUAGACAGCACUGCCGUCUGCCGCUGAUGAUGCUUAGAAGGAAAGUCAUAUCUUACUCUUUCUCUAGAAGAUACUUACGUUUUGUGGUCAGGUCUCAAAUCUCUACGUAAUAAUCUCUUGAUGAACAAAAGAGCUUGGGUUUGUUUUCUCCUUUUUCAAAUCAAAUUUUGUUCAAGGAAUACCAGUCCAAUCUAGGGUGAGGACUUGUGCGUUUGAGCCACAACGUUUGGCACAAGUACGGAUUCCAAACCACGAACCUAGUGUAGUCUUUAAUGAUGCAUAACAGUAAACCAUGGCAGUGAUAGAUUCUAGAUAUAUCGACCCGAUCGGAAUUGUUGAGACUAACGAGUUUACCUUGACGGUUUAUUGAUGGGUCAACGUUGUAGUGAAUUCCAUGGCGGUUGACGCUCAUCAAAUAAACCCGAAAAUUCAUCACCAUAAUAAACUCCCUUGUUGCCGCUGCUUUUGCUUGAGCAAGGUGUUUCCUUGUAAAGCUCCGCUUUUUGGAUAAGUUCUUCCAUCUUUUGAAGUUUGAACUCUCUCAUUUAUAUGACUGUGAGGUGAUACGAAAACGACGUCGUUAUGUUUAUGGGCUUUAGAAUUGGGCUAAAGGCUUAGAAUAUAGUGUAGCGACACCAAUUUGUAUCUGGCGCCGAGGUUUUCGGUGGAGAUGGAGGAGGAAGAGUCUCCGGUGGAGAAGAUUGCACCCGAGAGAGGCACCUUCGGAGAUUCAACGCCUAGAAGAUCAGAAAGUGAAAUAAUCCAGCAUCAGUUUCAUCGGCGAUGGAGCUCGUUAAGAACAGCCUCGACGCCGAUUUCAAUUCCAUAAGCGUCGUUGUUAAGGACGGUGGCGUGAAGCUCAUUCAAUUCUCAGAGGAUUGUCUCGGUAUUAGAGUACGGUUUCUACACCUGAGAGUCCAAAGGUCCUAUAUCUUUCGCUCAAACAGUAAUCUUUAAGCUCAGCUUCAAACCAAGCAGAAAUCUGUCUCUGAAGAGCUUGACUACACCUAUAUUAGAGUACCAUUGAGAAUGCUGCGUAGAGUAAGGUAUCACAAAGGUGUUCUUUGACCAUGCUGGUUACUCUUACCAUGGACGCUUAGAGGCUUUAGCUACUGCAGGUCUGCAGUAAGAGAACACAGUCUCCAAUUUUAAGCCUUUUUCCUUCUGAGAAAUUUAAAUGUAUAGAACCCAUGAUAGGGUUAAAAUUUAGAUUAGUGUUAACUGCUUCCUUUUUAAUGUGUUCAUUUGUUCUCACUA